GCCCACCGGCCUCCUUUGGAGCCCCCAUCUCCCCCCACCCCUCUUUCGUUCUCCUUCGGGAGGAGACGCUCCGCUCUUCUUCAAACGGGGGAGAAACGCUGCUCUCGCCGCGAUGGUAUCCACCCUCUCCUCCUCCUCCUCCUCCUCCUCUAAACCCUCUCUCGAUGUCGCUCCACGCCUCGUGAUCUCCGGGCCGACACUCCUCUCCUCUCUCUUCCAGGCAUCGGACUAGAAGCUUCCGGACCCGAUGAAGGCGCAGAAGCUGGCGCUCAGCAUCUCCGUCGGGGAGAGCGGAGAUCUCCUCUCCCGAAUCGCCAAGGAUGGUAGUGUCUCUGCUUUAAAGAAGCAUGUUGAAGAGGAAGCUCGUGAGCUUACUGGUGAAGCUUUUUCUCGUUUCAUGGAUCAGCUGUAUGAUCGAAUAUCUGCUCUUCUAGAAAGCAAUGAUGUUUCAGAAAAUCUGGGGGCCCUACGAGCCAUAGAUGAAUUAAUUGAUAUACCCUUGGGGGAAAGUGCAUUCAAGGUUUCAAAAUUUUCAAGCUAUUUGCGGACUACUUUUGAGGUAAAGCGUGAUCGUGAGAUCUUAAUUCUUGCGAGUAGGGUACUAGGUCAUCUGGCCAGAGCUGGAGGUGCAAUGACGGCUGACGAAGUAGAGCGGCAGAUAAAAACUGCUUUGGAAUGGCUCCUUAGGGAAAGAAUAGAGUACCGUCUUUUUGCAGCUGUCCUUAUUCUGAAAGAAAUGGCUGAAAAUGCAUCUACUGUUUUCAAUGUUCAUGUACCCGAAUUUGUGGAUGCCAUAUGGGUUGCAUUGAGGGACCCCACAUUGGAUGUUAGGGAGCGGGCUGUGGAAGCUCUGCGGGCUUGCCUUUGUGUCAUUGAGAAGCGCGAGACACGUUGGCGGGUGCAAUGGUAUUACCGUAUGUGUGAAGCUGCACAAGUGGGACUUGGUAAAAAUGCUUCUGUACAUAGUAUACAUGGCUCAUUACUAGCGGUUGGAGAACUAUUGAGGAACACAGGUGAGUUUAUGAUGUCUAGGUAUAGGGAGGUGGCCGAUAUUGUUCUCAAAUACCUUGAGCACCGUGAUCGGCUUGUUCGUCUCAGCAUAACAUCAUUGCUUCCACGUAUUGCUCACUUUUUGCGUGAUCGUUUUGUGACAAACUAUUUAAAGAUUUGCAUGGAUCAUAUCCUAGCAGUUUUGCGCAAUCCAGCUGAACGUGCUAGUGGGUUUAUUGCACUGGGGGAAAUGGCUGGAGCUUUGGAUGGUGAACUUAUCCCUUAUUUGCCCACAGUAACUGUACACUUGCGCGAUGCAAUUGCUCCUCGUAGAGGGAGACCAUCAGUUGAGGCCUUGGCUUGUGUGGGAAGUUUUGCAAAAGCCAUGGGUCCCGCUAUGGAACCUCAUGUCCGUGGUCUAUUGGAUUCAAUGUUUUCUGGUGGUCUCUCUCGUACCCUGGUAGAAGCCCUUGAGCAAAUAACUGUUAGCAUUCCAUCUCUACUACUUAGCAUUCAAGAACGCUUGCUGGGUUGUAUUUCCAUAGCACUCUCCAAAACCCCAUACCAACAGGCAAAGCUAGGUGCUGCAGCCGUUCGCACAAAUUUGACUAACAAUGCUCAGCAAUUUCAAGACAUUAGUGGUUCAGCUCUCGUGCAACUUGCUUUGCAAACCCUAGCCCAUUUCAAUUUUAAGGGCCAUGAGCUUCUGCAAUUUGCUAGAGAAUCUGUUGUUGUUUAUCUAGAGGAUGAGGAUGGUACCACUCGAAGAGAUGCUGCCAUAUGCUGUUGCAGAUUAGUAGCAAACUCCUUUGCUGGAAUACCUGGUCCACAGUUUACGUCAAGUAGAUCGAAUAGAAUUGGUGCAACAAAGCGACGUCGCCUUGUGGAGGAGAUUAUGGGAAAACUUCUAAUUGCAGCAGUUGCAGAUGCUGAUGUUAGUGUUAGACGGUCUAUCUUUUUGUCUCUGGAUGAUAAUGGUACUUUUGAUGAAUUUUUGGCCCAGGCUGAUAGCUUGAGUUCCAUUUUUGUUGCUCUGAAUGAUGAGGACUUUGAUGUCCGAGAGCUUGCUAUAUCAGUGGCUGGCAGAUUAUCUGAAAAGAAUCCUGCUUAUGUUCUUCCAGCACUUCGUCGCCAUCUCAUACAAUUGCUGAUGUAUCUGGAGCAAAGUGUGGAUAGCAAGUGCAAAGAAGAAAGUGCCAGAUUAUUGGGUUGCUUAAUUCGUAAUUGUGGACGAUUGAUACUUCCAUAUAUUGCUCCAGUUCAUAAGGCCCUGGUUGCAAGGCUGUCUGAAGGCAAUGGAGUCAAUGCUUUUAAUGGUAUUCUUACUGGAGUUCUUGCUACUGUUGGGGAGCUUUUCAAAGUGGGUGGCUUUGCAAUGAGGCAGUAUCUACGCGAGUUAAUGCCUUUAAUUGUUGAAGCACUCUUGGAUGGGGCUGCUGCUAAUAAGCGGGAGGUAGCUGUGGCAACUCUUGGUCAAGUUGUACAAAGCACAGGCUAUGUUAUUUCCCCAUACAAUGAGUACCCGCUGUUGCUUGGUUUACUCUUAAAAUUGUUGAAUGGGGAGUUGGCAUGGUCAACCAGACGAGAAGUUUUAAAGGUUUUAGGGAUUAUGGGUGCUUUAGAUCCUCAUAUACAUAAGCGCAAUCAGCAGAAAUUGCCUGGUUCACAUGGAGAAGUUUCUCGUGCUGCAAGUGAUACUGGUCAGCAUAUUGUUUCCAUGGAAGAGCUACCUACAGAACUUUGGCCAUCUUUCGCAGCUUCGGAAGAUUAUUAUUCCACGGUUGCUAUUAGUUCUCUUAUGAGAAUUCUUCGAGAUCCCUCUCUUUCAAGUUAUCACCAAAAGGUGGUGGGUUCUCUUAUGUUCAUAUUUAAGUCAAUGGGCCUAGGCUGUGUUCCAUACCUACCAAAGGUUCUACCUGACCUUUUCCAUGCUGUUCGCACAUGUGAAGAUGGUUUGAAAGAGUACAUAACUUGGAAGCUUGGAACAUUGGUAUCUAUUGUGCGCCAGCAUAUACGGAAGUAUUUACCGGAGUUGCUUUCCCUCAUUUCUGAACUUUGGUCUUCAUCUUUUAGUUUGCCUGCAACCAACCGUUCUGUGCUUGGUUCCCCGAUACUUCACCUUGUGGAGCAACUUUGCCUAGCUUUAAAUGAUGAAUUCAGAACAUAUCUACCAGACAUUCUUCCAUGCUGUAUACAAAUUCUAACUGAUGCUGAACGUUGCAAUGAUUGUAGCCAUGUUCCUGAUAUUUUACACACUCUUGAAGUGUUUGGUGGAACCUUGGACGAACACAUGCACUUACUUCUUCCUGCACUUAUUCGUUUAUUUAAGGUUGAUGCCUCGGUUGAUAUAAAGCAUCGUGCUAUUAAUACUCUGACCAAGCUCAUACCUCGAGUACAGGUCACCGGUCAUGUUUCAGCUCUAGUGCAUCAUUUGAUUCUUGUCUUAGAUGGGAACAAUGAUGAUCUAAGAAGGGAUGCUGCUGAUGCUCUGUGCUGCCUCGCACAUGCCCUAGGGGAAGAUUUCACUAUCUUUAUACCAUCAAUCCACAAAUUGCUUUUGAAACACCAUUUGCAGCAUAGAGAGUUCGAUGAGAUUGAAAGCCGCCUAAGAAGGCGUGAGCCACUUAUUUUAGAGAGUUUGUCUGUGCAAAAGUUUACUCGGCGUCUUCCUGUUGAGGUCAUCAGUGAUCCAGUUGACGACAUGGAUACUGACCCAUACGAGGAGGAGACUGAGAUGCACAGGCAAUUGAGAAGCCAUCAAGUUAAUGAUGUUCGAUUAAGAACCGCUGGUGAGGCUUCUCAAAGGAGUACCAAGGAAGACUGGGCUGAGUGGAUGAGGCAUUUUAGCAUUGAACUGCUCAAAGAAUCUCCAUCCCCGGCUUUACGUACCUGUGCACGACUUGCACAGUUGCAGCCUUCUGUUGGGAGAGAAUUAUUUGCUGCUGGUUUCGCAAGCUGCUGGGCGCAUAUGAAUGAAACUUCCCAGGAGCAGUUAGUCAGGAAUCUUAAGACAGCCUUCUCAUCCCAAAAUAUUCCUCCUGAAAUUCUUGCUACGCUACUAAACUUGGCAGAGUUUAUGGAACAUGAUGAGAAACCUCUUCCAAUUGACACCAGAUUGCUUGGUGCUCUUGCUGAGAAGUGCCGAGCAUUUGCAAAAGCCCUUCACUACAAAGAAAUGGAGUUUGAAGCUGCACGUUCCAAGAAGAUGGGUGCCAAUCCUGUUACUGUGGUUGAGUCUCUUAUUCAUAUUAAUAAUCAGUUACACCAACAUGAGGCUGCUGUUGGAAUACUAACAUAUGCCCAGCAACAUCUGGAUGUUCAACUAAAGGAGUCUUGGUAUGAAAAGUUGCAGCGAUGGGAUGAUGCACUGAAAGCAUACACUUUAAAAUCAUCUCAGGCAUCAAGUCCACUUCAUAACUUAGAUGCCACAUUAGGACGAAUGCGUUGUCUUGCUGCCUUAGCUCGGUGGGAAGAGCUUAAUGCCUUAUGCAGAGAGCAGUGGACUGCUGCAGAACCCUCGGCUCGAUUGGAAAUGGCUCCAAUGGCUGCUAAUGCUGCUUGGAAUAUGGGAGAAUGGGAUCAGAUGGCUGAAUAUGUUUCUCGGUUGGAUGAUGGGGAUGAAAGCAAGCUUCGGAUCUUAGGUAACACCGCUGCCAGUGGUGAUGGAAGCAGCAAUGGUGCUUUCUUUAGGGCUGUUCUUGCAGUUCGUCGUGAAAAGUAUGAUGAAGCUCGUGAGUACGUUGAGAGAGCAAGGAAGUGUUUGGCAACGGAAUUGGCUGCAUUGGUUCUUGAAAGCUAUGAACGUGCUUACAGCAAUAUGGUCCGUGUUCAACAGCUGUCAGAAUUAGAGGAGGUAAUUGACUACUGCACUCUUCCUGUGGGGAACUCAGUUGCAGAUGGUCGAAGGGAACUGAUCCGUAAUAUGUGGAAUGAGCGCAUAACAGGGGCAAAACGAAAUGUUGAGGUUUGGCAAGCUCUUCUUACAGUGCGAGAACUGGUGCUUCCCCCUACCGAUGACAUAGAAACUUGGCUUAAAUUUGCAUCACUUUGCCGGACAAGUGGCCGUAUCAGUCAGGCCAGAUCUACUUUAAUCAAACUCUUACAAUAUGAUCCCGAAUCAUCUCCUGAAAAUUCAUUAUGCCGUGGACAUCCUCAAGUUAAGUUGGCUUACCUGAAAUACCAGUGGUCUCUUGGUGAUGAUCUUAAACGGAAAGAAGCGUUUUCUAGGCUGCAAGAUUUAGCUGCACAGCUGGCCCCUGCUACGACAAAUAGUUAUUCAAGCACACAAUUAAGCCAUGCUAAUGCUUCCAAUGCUGGUGUUCCUCUUCUUGCUCGUAUCUAUCUGAAACUUGGGACAUGGAAGAGGGCACUUUCACCUGGAUUAGAUGAUGAUUCCAUACAAGAGAUCCUUAUAUCAUUCAAAAAUGCCACUCAUUGUGCUAAGGAUUGGGCCAAAGCUUGGCAUAGAUGGGCUUUGUUUAAUACAGCAGUGUUGUCUCAUUAUACUCUACGAGGCUGCCCUGCUAUCACGGAGAAAUAUGUUGUUGCUGCAGUCACUGGAUAUUUCUAUUCAAUAGCUUGUGCCUCAACUGCCAAGGGAGUUGAUGACAACUUACAGGAUAUUCUUCGUCUUCUUACAUUGUGGUUCAACCAUGGGGCUACCUCUGAGGUUCAAAUGGCAUUGCAGAAUGGAUUUUCACAUGUAAAGAUUGAAAUGUGGCUGGUGGUACUACCUCAAAUAAUUGCUAGAAUACAUUCAAAUAAUCAAGCUGUAAGGGAACUAAUACAAGCAUUACUUGUGCAAAUUGGAAAGGGGCAUCCGCAGGCUCUUAUGUACCCUUUGUUGGUGGCGUGCAAAUCAAUAAGCCAGCUACGCAGAGAGGCAGCUCUGAAAGUUGUUGAAAAAAUUCGCCAGCAUAGUGGAGUUCUUGUUGAUCAGGCUCAACUUGUUUCAAAAGAACUGAUCAGGGUUGCCAUACUAUGGCACGAGAUGUGGCAUGAGGCUUUGGAGGAAGCUAGUCGUUUAUAUUUUGGUGAGCACAAUAUUGAGGGGAUGCUUGCUGUUCUAGAACCAUUGCAUGCAACGCUUGAAGAGGGGCCUGAGACAAUAAAAGAGACCGCUUUCAUUCAGGCAUAUGGUCGUGAAUUAUUGGAAGCUCGUGAAUGGUGCUUGAAAUAUAGGAGAACUGGAAAGGAUGCUGAGCUUAAUCAGGCAUGGGAUUUGUAUUAUCAUGUUUUUAGACGAAUAGAUAAACAGCUUCCCAGUCUUACUACUCUGGACUUGCAGUCUGUUUCGCCUGAGUUGCUGAAAUGUCAUAAUUUGGAGCUUGCUGUGCCUGGAACAUACCGUGCAGAUGCACCGGUGGUGACAAUUGCUUCAUUUGCACCCCAACUUGUGGUGAUUACGUCUAAACAGAGACCUAGAAAGCUGACAAUUCAUGGAAGUGAUGGGGAGGAUCAUGCCUUCCUGCUGAAGGGUCAUGAGGAUUUACGGCAAGAUGAACGUGUCAUGCAGCUUUUUGGGUUGGUAAAUACUCUCCUGGAGAACUCAAGAAAAACAGCAGAAAAAGAUCUUUCCAUUCAACGUUAUGCCGUCAUUCCCUUGUCUCCAAACAGUGGCUUAAUUGGCUGGGUUCCAAACUGUGACACACUACACCACCUGAUUCGUGAAUACAGAGAUGCCAGAAAGAUCUUCUUGAAUCAAGAAAAUAGACUUAUGCUAGCUUUUGCACCGGACUAUGAUCACUUGCCGCUGAUAGCGAAGGUGGAAGUGUUUGAGAAUGCAUUGCAGAACACUGAAGGAAAUGAUCUGGCAAAGGUUUUGUGGCUAAAAAGCCGAACUUCUGAAGUUUGGCUGGAUCGCCGGACAAAUUAUACAAGAAGUUUGGCUGUCAUGAGUAUGGUUGGUUACCUUCUUGGAUUAGGGGACCGACAUCCCAGUAAUCUUAUGUUGCAUCGCUACAGUGGUAAAAUAUUGCAUAUUGAUUUUGGAGACUGUUUUGAGGCCUCGAUGAAUCGGGAAAAGUUCCCUGAAAAGGUUCCAUUUCGUUUGACUAGAAUGCUUGUGAAGGCUAUGGAAGUUAGUGGUAUUGAAGGCAAUUUCAGAUCAACAUGUGAAAAUGUCAUGCAAGUUCUCCGAACAAACAAGGACAGUGUCAUGGCUAUGAUGGAGGCCUUUGUGCACGACCCUCUUAUAAACUGGCGUCUCUUCAAUUUUAACGAAGUUCCUCAAAUGUCGAAUGUUGUGAGCACCCAUGUCCACCCAGUUGUAAAUAGUGAGGAAUCUGCACCUAAUAGAGAGCUUGCUCAACCUCUUCGUGGGGCUCGUGAAAGGGAGCUACUUCAGGCAGUCAACCAACUUGGUGAUGCUAAUGAGGUUCUAAAUGAGCGUGCUUUAGUGGUUAUGGCUCGGAUGAGUAAUAAACUAACAGGCCGAGACUUUUCUUCUGGGUCAUCUGUGUCGGGCACUGCCAGCUCUAUCCCGCAUGCAGCAGAUCAUGGUACCCUCAUGUCUGGAGAUACACGUGAAGUUGAACAUGGUCUAUCUGUGAAACUUCAGGUUCAAAAGCUCAUCAUACAAGCAACAUCACACGAGAAUUUGUGUCAGAACUAUGUUGGGUAUGCAUUCAGUAGAAUUUACUGAUAUCAACAGUCAGUCUAUGAUGUUGAAUCCCUGUGUGUGUCUGUGUCCCUAAUUUUUAAAAUUUUCUGGUCGUUUCAUGGUAGCAUGUUAUGAGUACUAAUUUCAUAAGCUGCAAAAGCAAAAGGAAAUUUAAGUGAAAAUUGAAGAAGUGAUUGUUAGAUAAUGUAGACAUAAAAUGUAAAUUCUUAAUAAAAUAGGAUGGCAAUUAGGUUUA